AUGGAGGGCGCCCGGGAGAAGCCCCCGGAGCCCAGUUCCCCUGCCCUCAGGUCCGGGGAGCCUGAGACUCGGGGCCCCGAGCUGCUGCCUCCCGAGGAGGAGCCCGGGGGCUGCGCGCGGCCCCCGGACACGGCCCCCAAGAAACUCUGCGGCUACCUGAGUAAGUUUGGCGGCAAGGGGCCCCUCCGCGGCUGGAAAUCUCGCUGGUUCUUCUACGACGAGAGGAAAUGCCACCUGUAUUAUUCGCGGACCGCGCAGGACGCCAACCCCCUGGACAGCAUCGACCUCUCCGGGGCGGUCUUCGACUGCAAGCCCGACGCCUCCGAGGAGGGAACUUUCGAGAUCAAGACUCCCAGCCGGGUUAUCACCCUGAAGGCUGCCAACAAGCAAGUGAUGCUGUACUGGCUGCAGCAGCUGCAGAUGAAGCGCUGGGAGUUCCACAACAGCCUGCCUGCACCUCCUGUCGCCCCUGACGCUGCCCUGGCUGGGAAUGAGUCUGCCCUGCGUCUUGAGCUAGAGCAAGAGGAGGCUGAGCUGGAGGAGUUCCUGUGCCCUGUGAAAACGCCCCCUGGACUCGUGGGUAUGGCAGCUGCCUUGCAGCCAGCCCCUGUCAUGCCCUCAGCCCUUCAGAAUAUUUCCCUCAAGCACCUGGGAACCGAAAUACAAAACACGAUGUACAGCAUCCGGGGCAACAGGCAGGCCCAAGGAAUAGGCCAUGGACCUCCAGGGGAAGAUCCUCUGCCGAGCACCGAGCCCCAGAGGGAGGAGCGGCCCUCAUCCCCUGACCCCAGUGCCCCAGGAAAAGAUCCAGGGGAGACUCUGAAGCCUGCACCCAAACCCUCUCUGACCGCCAAUCUCAUUCAGAAAGCCAAGCGCCAGAACAACAACUUCCCACUCUUUGCUGAGGGACUCACACGGAACCGAACUGUCCAGGAGAAAGCCUUGGCCUUGGAGCAACAGGUUCUGAUGCUUACCAAGGAGUUAGAGUCUCAGAAGGAGCUGGUGAGGAUCCUGCACAAAGCCCUGGAGGCCGCACAGCAGGAGAAGAGGGCAACCAGCGCGUACCUGGCGGCAGCCGAAGACAAGGACCGGCUGGAGCUGGUGCGGCACAAAGUGCGGCAGAUCGCGGAGCUGGGCAGGCGGGUGGAGGCCCUGGAGCAGGAGCGGGAGAGCCUGGCCCAGACGGCGAGCCUGCGUGAGCAGCAGGUGCAGGAGCUGCAGCAGCACGUGCAGCUGCUCAUGGACAAGAACCAGGCCAAACAGCAGGUCAUCUGCAAGCUGUCUGAGAAGGUCACCCAGGACUUCGUGCGCCCCCCUAACCCGCUCCUUGUGGCCCCAGACGCUGCUGACAGGGACUUCUUGAGCCAACAGGAAAAGAUGGAGCAUCUGAAGGAUGACAUGGAAGCGUACCAGACCCAGAACCGCUUCCUCAAUUCCGAGAUCCACCAGGUGACAAAGAUCUGGAGAAAGGUGGCUGAAAAGGAGAGGAACCUCCUGAUGAAGUGUGCCUACCUCCAAGCCAAGAACUGCCAGGUGGAGAGCAAGUACCUGGCAGGGCUGCGGAGGCUGCAGGAGGCCAUGGGGAACCAGGGCGGCGAGAGCACGGAGCUGCUCAGGCAACUCAUCCAAGAGGCGCUGCAGUGGGAAGCCAGCGAGGCCUCUGCUGACAGUGUUGAGCUGAGCCCCAUCAGCGAGUAUGAUGAGUAUGGCUUCCAGACAGUGCCCAACUAUGAGGUGGAAGACCUGAAGCUGCUGGCCAAGAUCCAGGCGCUGGAGGUGCGCUCCCACCACCUGCUGGCCCACGAGGCUAUGGAGCGGCCCCUGCGAGAGCGCUGGGCUGCCCUGGGUGAGCUUGCACCCUCCGUGGAGCUCAAGCAGCUGCUGCGGAUGGGCGUGUCCCAAGAGCACCGGCCUCGAGUCUGGAGGUGGCUGAUCCACCGCCGCGUCCAGCACCUGCAGGUCCUUGGCCGCUACCAGGAGCUGCUGAGCCGGGGCCAGACCUGCAAGCACCCUGCUGCCCGCCAGAUCGAGCUGGACCUGAACCGCACCUUCACCAACAACAAGCACUUCACCUGUCCCACCUCCAGCUUCCCCGACAAGCUCCGCCGGGUGCUGUUGGCCUUCUCCUGGCAGAACCCCUCCAUCGGCUACUGCCAGGGCCUGAACAGGCUGGCAGCCGUCGCUCUGCUGGUGCUGGGUGAAGAGGAGAGUGCCUUCUGGUGCCUGGUGGCCAUCGUGGAGACCAUCAUGCCAGCCGAUUACUACAGCAAGACGCUGACAGCGUCCCAGGUGGACCAGCGGGUGCUCCAGGACCUCCUCUCGGAGAAGCUGCCCAGGCUGAUGGCCCACCUGGGGCAGCUCCGCGUGGACCUCUCCUUCGUCACCUUCAACUGGUUCCUCGUGGUCUUUGCCGACAGUCUCAUCAGCAACAUCCUCCUCCAGGUCUGGGACGCCUUCCUGUACGAAGGCACCAAGGUGGUGUUCCGCUAUGCCCUGGCCAUUUUCAAGUACACCGAGGAGGAGAUCCUGAGGCUACAGGACAACCUGGAGAUCUACCAGUACCUGCGCUUCUUCACCAAGACCAUUUGUAACAGCCGGAAGCUGAUGAGCAUCGCCUUCAACGACAUGAACCCCUUUCCCAUGAAACAGCUGCAGCAGCUGCGGGCGGUCCACCGGGAGCGGCUGGAGGCCGAGCUGCGGGAGCUGGAGCAGCUCAAGGCCGAGUACUUGGAGACCCGGGCAGCCCAGGACCCGGUGGUGCCCGAGGGUUGCGCCAGUGAUGACGAGGGGGACGGGGAGCCUGGCGUGGCCACCUGCACUCCCCAAAGCCCUCUCCAUUCCUGA